CUUUCUCCUGCUCUUGGGCUUCACUGCAUCAGAUCUCGCAUUCGCAGCGUAACCAGGUUGUUCCUCAGAACUUCAGCAUUCUCUUUCAAUCAAAUCCCUCUCUCUCUCUCUCUCUCUCUCUCUGAAGCUCUGGUUCAUGCGCCAUGGCUGCAAACGCCCCCAUCACCAUGAAAGAGGCAUUAACGCUGGGAAGCGUUGGAAUCAACCAGCAAUUCAUUACAUUUACUCAUGUGACAAUGGAAUCGGAUAAGUAUAUAUGUGUCAGGGAAACGGCACCUCAGAACAGUGUUGUUAUCAUUGACAUGAGCAUGCCAAUGCAGCCUUUGAGGCGGCCCAUAACUGCUGAUUCUGCUUUGAUGAAUCCCAAUUCUAGAAUUCUUGCUCUUAAAGCCCAAGUUCCAGGGACCACUCAGGAUCAUUUGCAGGUGUUUAACAUUGAAAUGAAAGCAAAAAUGAAAUCGCACCAGAUGACAGAGCAGGUUGUCUUUUGGAAGUGGAUAACAACAAAGACAAUAGGAAUUGUCACGCAGACGUCUGUGUAUCAUUGGUCAAUUGAAGGUGAUAGUGGGCCAGUGAAGAUGUUUGACCGAACAGCUAAUCUGGCAAAUAACCAAAUUAUCAACUAUCGUUGUGAUCCUAAUGAAAAGUGGUUGGUUUUGAUUGGAAUUGCUCCUGGUUCACCGGAGAGACCACAACUAGUAAAAGGAAACAUGCAACUCUUCUCUGUGGAUCAGCAGCGUAGCCAGGCUCUUGAAGCACAUGCUGCCUCAUUUGCCACAUUUAGAGUUGCCGGGAACGAUAAAGAUUCUACCUUAAUUUGUUUUGCAUCAAAAAGUAUGAAUGCUGGACAGGUUACAUCAAAGAUGCAUGUCAUUGAACUUGGUGCCCAGCCAGGAAAAACAUCAUUUACCAAGAAACAGGCGGAUCUGUUCUUCCCUCCAGACUUUGCUGAUGACUUUCCUGUGUCGAUGCAGAUUUCAAAUAAAUAUGGAUUGAUAUAUGUUAUCACAAAGCUUGGGCUUUUAUUUGUCUAUGAUGUGGAGACAGCAACUGCUAUUUAUAGAAACCGAAUCAGUCCCGAUCCUAUAUUUUUGACCAGCGAUGCAUCAUCAGUGGGGGGGUUUUAUGCUAUCAAUAGACGUGGCCAGGUGUUGCUUGCUACUGUAAAUGAGGCAGGCAUUGUUCCAUUUGUUAGUGGCCAGCUAAACAAUUUGGAACUUGCUGUUAAUCUUGCUAAAAGAGGAAACCUCCCUGGUGCAGAAGAAUUGGUUGUUAAGCGGUUUCAAGAAUUAUUUGCUCAGACCAAGUAUAAGGAAGCUGCAGAGCUUGCUGCAGAAUCUCCACAAGGAAUUCUUCGAACUCCUGACACUGUUGCUAAAUUUCAGAGUGUACCUGUGCAAGCUGGACAAACACCACCAUUGUUGCAGUACUUUGGCACUCUGUUAACCAGGGGAAAACUCAAUGCUUUUGAGUCAUUGGAACUGUCACGGCUUGUGGUAAAUCAGAACAAGAAGAAUCUUUUGGAAAAUUGGCUAGCAGAGGACAAACUUGAAUGCAGUGAGGAGCUUGGUGACCUUGUGAAGACAGUGGAUAAUGACCUUGCAUUGAAAAUCUAUAUCAAGGCCAGAGCCACACCAAAAGUUGUUGCAGCAUUUGCUGAGAGGAGGGAAUUUGACAAGAUUCUGAUAUACUCAAAGCAGGUUGGAUACACCCCUGAUUACUUGUUCCUUCUGCAAACAAUAUUGCGGGCAGAUGCCCAGGGUGCUGUAAAUUUUGCUCUGAUGAUGUCUCAAAUGGAAGGGGGUUGCCCUGUUGACUACAACACAAUAACAGACCUCUUUCUUCAGAGGAAUUUAAUCCGUGAGGCAACUGCCUUUUUAUUGGAUGUGCUGAAGCCAAACCUACCUGAACAUGGAUAUCUUCAAACAAAGGUACUGGAAAUUAACCUUGUGACCUUUCCAAAUGUUGCUGAUGCCAUAUUGGCCAAUGGCAUGUUUAGCCAUUAUGAUCGCCCACGGAUUGCACAGCUUAGUGAAAAGGCCGGGCUUUUCAUACGGGCUCUUCAGCAUUAUACUGAGUUGCCUGACAUCAAACGUGUUAUUGUGAAUACACAUGCCAUUGAACCACAGGCUCUAGUUGAGUUCUUUGGAACCCUUUCCCAAGAAUGGGCUCUGGAGUGCAUGAAAGAUCUUCUACUGGUCAACCUUCGGGGCAAUCUUCAAAUAAUUGUGCAGACUGCUAAGGAAUAUUGUGAGCAGCUGGGUAUUGAUGCAUGCAUUAAACUCUUUGAACAAUUCAAGUCCUAUGAAGGACUAUACUUUUUCUUGGGUGCAUAUUUGAGCUCUAGUGAGGAUCCUGAUAUUCACUUCAAGUACAUUGAAGCAGCUGCUAAAACUGGACAACUUAAGGAGGUAGAGCGUGUUACUCGAGAAUCAAACUUUUAUGAUGCUGAGAAGACGAAGAACUUUCUAAUGGAGGCUAAGCUUCCAGAUGCACGACCAUUGAUUAAUGUGUGUGACCGUUUUGGUUUUGUUCCGGAUCUCACCCAUUAUCUCUAUACCAACAAUAUGCUUCGUUACAUUGAAGGAUAUGUUCAAAAGGUCAAUCCAGGAAAUGCUCCUCUAGUUGUGGGACAAUUGUUAGAUGAUGAAUGUCCUGAAGAUUUCAUUAAAGGUCUUAUUCUUUCAGUUCGUUCUCUUCUUCCAGUUGAGCCUUUAGUUGAAGAAUGUGAGAAGAGGAAUCGUCUCCGCUUGCUUACUCAGUUCUUAGAGCAUCUUGUAAGUGAGGGAAGCCAGGAUGUACAUGUUCAUAAUGCUCUGGGUAAAAUUAUCAUUGACAGCAAUAACAAUCCUGAGCAUUUUCUUACAACCAACCCAUAUUAUGAUUCUCGUGUUGUUGGUAAAUAUUGUGAGAAACGGGAUCCUACACUUGCUGUUGUAGCUUACCGAAGGGGUCAAUGUGAUGAUGAGCUUGUUAAUGUUACCAAUAAAAAUUCUUUGUUCAAAUUACAAGCCAGAUAUGUGGUGGAACGUAUGGAUGCAGACCUCUGGGAAAAAGUUCUUGAUCCUGAGAAUGAGUACAGAAGGCAGUUAAUUGAUCAAGUGGUGUCAACUGCUUUGCCUGAAAGCCAGAGUCCUGAGCAAGUUUCUGCUGCAGUGAAAGCUUUUAUGACUGCUGAUCUUCCCCAUGAGUUGAUUGAGCUUCUUGAAAAAAUUGUUUUACAAAAUUCUGCUUUCAGUGGAAACUUUAACCUGCAAAAUUUGCUGAUCCUUACUGCAAUCAAGGCAGAUCCUUCAAGGGUCAUGGAUUACAUAAAUAGGUUGGACAACUUUGAUGGCCCUGCUGUUGGGGAGGUGGCAGUAGAAGCACAGCUAUAUGAGGAAGCUUUUGCUAUUUUCAAGAAAUUUAAUUUGAAUGUUCAGGCUGUCAAUGUCCUGCUAGAUAACCUUCGGACCAUUGAUCGAGCUGUGGAGUUUGCAUUCCGUGUUGAAGAAGAUGCUGUAUGGAGCCAAGUAGCUAAGGCGCAACUAAGAGAAGGCUUAGUUAGUGAUGCAAUUGAGUCAUUCAUCCGUGCUGAUGAUUCCACUCACUUCUUAGAGGUUAUAAAGGCUGCUGAAGAUGCAGAAGUAUACCAUGACCUAGUAAAGUACCUUCUCAUGGUUAGGCAGAAGACCAAGGAGCCUAAGGUGGACAGUGAGCUCAUUUAUGCAUAUGCAAAGAUUGAUCGGCUUGGAGAAAUUGAAGAGCUUAUAUUGAUGCCAAAUGUUGCUAACUUACCAAAUGUUGGAGACCGUUUGUUUGAUGAGGCUCUCUAUGAGGCUGCAAAAAUUAUAUUUGCUUUUAUUUCUAACUGGGCUAAGUUAGCAGUGACACUGGUGAAGCUUAAACAAUUCCAAGGUGCUGUUGAUGCUGCUAGGAAAGCAAACAGUUCAAAAACAUGGAAGGAAGUUUGUUUUGCAUGUGUGGAUGCUGAGGAAUUCCGUCUAGCUCAGAUUUGUGGUCUCAAUGUCAUUAUUCAGGUGGAUGAUUUGGAAGAGGUUAGUGAAUAUUAUCAGAACAGGGGAUGCUUUAAUGAACUCAUAUCUCUUAUGGAGAGUGGACUAGGACUGGAGCGUGCCCAUAUGGGUAUCUUUACCGAGUUGGGAGUCCUUUAUGCACGAUAUCGUCCUGAGAAGUUAAUGGAACACAUUAAGUUGUUCUCAACUCGGCUUAACAUUCCCAAGCUGAUUCGAGCCUGCGAUGAGCAGCAGCACUGGAAGGAACUUACAUACCUAUACAUCCAAUACGAUGAGUUUGAUAAUGCUGCAACCACUGUCAUGAAUCACUCUCCAGAAGCUUGGGACCACAUGCAAUUCAAAGAUGUUAUAGUUAAGGUUGCAAGUGUGGAGCUCUACUAUAAGGCAGUUCAUUUCUACGUGCAAGAACAUCCUGACAUUAUAAAUGAUCUUCUGAAUGUGCUUGCCCUUCGUCUGGAUCAUACCCGUGUUGUAGAUAUAAUGCGGAAGGCAGGCCACAUCCGAUUGGUUAAGCCGUACAUGGUUGCAGUUCAAAGCAACAAUGUGUCUGCUGUUAAUGAAGCUUUGAAUGAAAUUUAUGUUGAGGAGGAAGACUAUGAUAGACUUCGUGAAUCAAUAGAUCUGCAUGAUAACUUCGAUCAGAUAGGUCUUGCACAGAAGAUUGAGAAGCAUGAGCUUCUUGAAAUGAGGCGUGUUGCUGCUUAUAUUUAUAAGAAGGCUGGAAGAUGGAAACAGUCCAUUGCCUUGUCAAAGAAGGACAAUCUUUACAAGGACUGUAUGGAAACUUGCUCUCAAUCUGGUGACCGUGAACUCUCAGAGGAUUUACUUGUUUACUUUGUUGAGCAGGGGAAGAAAGAGUGUUUUGCAUCUUGUCUCUUUGUCUGUUAUGAAGUAAUACGGCCAGAUGUUGCUCUUGAGCUAGCUUGGAUGAACAAUAUGAUUGAUUUCUCUUUCCCUUACCUUUUACAGUUUAUUCGAGAGUAUACUAGUAAGGUGGAUGAGCUUAUCAAGGACAAAAUUGAAGCCCAAAUUGAGGAGAAAACUAAAGAGAAGGAGGAGAAGGAAAUUAUUGCUCAGCAGAAUAUGUAUGCCCAAUUGUUGCCAUUAGCUUUGCCUGCACCACCAAUGCCGGGAAUGGGUGGAGGAGGGUUUGCUCCACAACCACCACCUCCAAUGGGUGGUAUGGGGAUGCCCCCAAUGCCUCCUUUUGGCAUGCCUCCAAUGAGUGGCGGCUCCUACUAAUCUCUUGAUUCAAGAUGAGAGAAUUUUGCCAUAAAUUUUGCAGAGAAGCUAGACAGAUUGGAUAGAAUCCACAUAUGCAUUGAAGAUAGGUUCUAAAGGGUUAACAAAUUUACCACAUCAAGCAUCUGUCUUAUAGCCUUCUGUUGACUACCGCUUUUUUUCAUUGAAAGUUUUUAGGUUAUUAUUUCUUUAGUCUAUCGCUGAAUAGAUUGGGUUGUUUAAUCAAUCAUGUGAUAGAGAUGAUUGUAUCUUCGAGGUCUUAGUUUGGUUGCGGCAUGUAUAGAUGAUUCUUUUACACAUUCAAUUGUUUUCUUAGUUGUGUAAUCAUGUAAGUGUAUUCUAAUUAGGAUUUCACACCAAUUUUGUUCGUUUAAUUUGGUAUAUAAACUGUCAUCAAUUAUUCAAAAUGGUCUCUAUGAAGGUUAGAUUCCCUUUCGCCUUUCACUU